CAGCUCGGGGUCCUUCAAGCCUCCCUCGGUCUUGGCUGCCAGUGGACGUCUCUCCUGCGAGCCGACCAACAGACCUCAGCAUCAGUGCAGAAUGCCACUCGGAGGAGGCAACAAGUGCGGCUGCUGCCAGAAAACGGUGUACUUUGCAGAAGAAGUGCAGUGUGAAGGACAGAGCUGGCACAAAUCCUGCUUUCGCUGCAUGGUGUGCAAGAAGAACCUGGACAGCACCACAGUGGCUGUGCACGUGGACCAGAUCUACUGCAAGUCCUGCUACGGCAAGAAGUACGGGCCCAAAGGCUACGGCUACGGAGGAGGAGCAGGAACCCUCAACAUGGACACGGGAGAGAGACUGGGAAUCCAACAUGAAGCAGAAUCUCCACACCGUCCUACCAAUAACCCCAACACUUCCAAGUUUGCCAUGAAAGCCAGCAGCUCUGACGCGUGCCCACGAUGCGAAAAAACCGUGUAUGCGGCCGAGAAGGUCAUUGGUGCCGGCAAAUCGUGGCACAAAGGUUGCUUCCGUUGUGCCAACUGCGGAAAAGGACUGGAGUCUACCACGCUGGCUGACAGGGAUGGUGACAUCUACUGUAAAGGUUGCUAUGCCAAGAACUUUGGUCCCAAAGGGUUUGGUUUUGGUCAAGGUGCCGGAGCCCUGGCUCACUCCCAGUAAAGCCAGGACCCACUCCACGUCUCCGGGUUGUUGGACUGAGCUUCUUCUCCUCCACGUGUGAAACUUCCUACUUGGGUGUGUCCAAGUUCACUUCUAUUGCACCUUCUCUCAGAACACUUCCCUCGGCACAAGACGAUAAAAAAUAUUGACGUUACACCGUUGCUACUCUUGGUAUUGUUAGUGUCGAUUGAUACUGUUUGAGUCAAAAGCUUAGUGGUUAGGGAUGCUUCUUGGUAUCCUCCUGUUGUGUGUAGAGUAGCAUGUUUAACUACUCUCUGUCCUGAUAAUGUUACGUGUAAAAAAGUGUCAUUUCCACGAAGAAGCUGCACUGUUGAGGAAUGUUAGUCACGAGCUCGCUAGCAAGAUGCUACCUUGCUAUUUGCCGAUGUCAGAUGUGCAGACUAGAAUGUUCCGUCAACAUGCAUGAUCAGCAAUAUUACAUGAUACUAUAUUUAAUUGCACAACCCUUCUGUUAAGGUCAAAUGUAGUUCUAGAAAUAUUCAUAAAAAAACACAACUGAUUUUGGAACCACUUCGGAAGAGAAGGUUUGUAAGGUCUAGUCCUGACCACCACUUCACUGAUCCUGACAUUCCUGCCUUGUCUUCUUCAUCUGGAAGCUGCUCUGCUUUAGUGCGUCACAUGUCAGAUGUCAUCUUGGUGACACUAAAUAAAUAUCCUGUGUCAGCACUCUUUUCAUUCCAAGGUUUUGUCCCUUUGUGCUCUUUGGUCUUCCUGUGUGAAAUGAUGCAGCAGAUGGAAAGUACACCACAUGAAACCCGGGGCAGAAUGAUGUUCCUUUAUGUCAUGUUCCUUUACGUCAAAUAGACUUAGACACACAGGGGAAAUUGUUCCACACGAUAGCUCAGGUACAAUGGAUGGAAAGGAUAAUGCACACAAGAGGGUGAAAACAAAAGGCAUAAAGUAGACUAAAAAUGAAGCAUAGUAGCAAUAUAAAAUAUAACAUGUGUAAUAAGUACAUAUUAUAUAUAUAUAGUAUAUUAAGGGCAUACUGAAAUGAAUUUUUUUUAUUUAAAUGGGGAUAGCAGAUCCAUUCUAUGUGUCAUACUUGAUCAUUUCGCUAUAUUGCCAUAUUUUUGCUGAAAGGAUUUAGUAGAGAACAUAGACGAUAAAGUUUUGGUCGCUUAUAAUAAAAACCUUGCAUGUACCGGAAGUAGCGUGACGUCGCAGGUUGAAAGGCUCCUCACAUUUCCCCAUUGUUUACACCAGCAGCGAGAGCGAUUCGGACCGAGAAAGCGACGAUUACCCCAUUAAUUUGAGCGAGGAUGAAAGAUUCGUGGAUGAGGAACGAGAGAGUGAAGGACUAGAGUGCAGUGCGGGACGUAUCUUUUUUCGCUCUGACCGUAACUUAGGUACAAGCUGGCUCAUUGGAUUCCACACUUUGUCCUUUUUCUAUUGUGGAUCACGGAUUUGUAUUUUAAACCACCUCGGAUACUAUAUCCUCUUGAAAAUGAGAGUCGAGAACGUGAAACGGACAUUCACAGUGACUUAUCUCCACGACAAUACAUCGGCGAAGCUCUUUAGCUACGGAGCUAACGUGAUAGCAUCGGGAUUAAAUGCAGGUAGAAACAAAAUAAAUAAACCCCUGACUGGAAGGAUAGACA